CUACUCCAUGUGAUCCAUGCACUCCAUGCCAUGCGAGCUGUGAAACCUUAGCAAUUUCUCUGUAGUAUAGGUUUCCGAUGCCUCGUUAAAUCGCGUUUUUUUUGAUUGUCAACGAACUAGGAAGUUUUCUGUUUGUUGAGUCAUAAUCAUAUCGUUGGACCAUGUUGUCUGACCGAAGCUACCUGACACCAAACUUGAAUUGGCUCAGGACCUUCAUCGACGUUGCAAUGAACAAAUUUUUACUAUAUUACGUUGAGGUUGACAACUCGUCCUGACAUAGACAUCUUCAUCAC